AUGGCCGAUAAACAUAAUGCGCACAGUAUUCGGCAGAGGAAUGAUUCCCGGUUAAGGACGCAGUGCGGCAUUCUCCAUUCAAAGCAGACGGACCUGCUUAGUCAACUGCUGCCCAACACCCAAGUUCUGCGAAAACUGCGUUCCCUCUCCAUCGGGAGCAUGUCCCAAGCAGCUCUGGAGGACCUUGCGAACUGCAGACAGCUGGAGAGCCUACUUCUGUGCGAUAGGACGGGUUCCGGGGUCCUUUAUAAUAUUCGGAGCAUAGGGCUCUGCUGGAUGUUGAAGGUGCUGCUGCUGCCCCUGAAUGUAGGGACGCCACUGGCCAUCUGCUCUCUGGUGAACCUCACCCAUCUAACACUUCAGCGCCAGAAACUUAGUCAGGGAACGGACUGGAUGCCUACCGUCCUGGCCAUCAUCCAUGCCAAGCAAUUCAGUCUCCAAGUACUCAGCUUUGAUGGCUCCUGGCUGACCGUUCCGCUGAAUCUGUCCCACCUUCAGCUGGCUCAAUGUACAGCCCUCACCGUCCUGAGACUGAACAACUGCAAACUGGGUGAGGCAGACAACCCGCCAUUGCCCUUCUCCUGCCAAAGGAUCAGCUUCCGGCGAUGCUCCAUGGGCAACCCCCUUGGUUACAUGGGACAUAGCGACGUGAUCAAUUUUAGCCAGUCCAUAAGACUACGAUCUGAGCUCUCGAAGUGGACACAUGAGGACGUGAGUGCCCACAGCAAGUGGGUGCAAGUGAGGGAACUGGAGCGCCAGCAGGCAGAUGAGUGGCACCAACCAGUCGGCACAGUUUCCAUGAAAUUUGCCCGCUCCAUUAAUUAUAUGCCCAAUCUCAAGCUCCCAGAGGAGAGUAUUCCGAAUGCCGCUGAUGUUGUCAGGAAGCUGGAUCCUUUAUAA